UUUUGUGAAAUUCAAGUCGAUAAAUUUCGCUGAGUGUAAAUAUCUGCUUGACUGACGCAACUCAACGCCCCCAAAUUAACCAUGGCAAAUGUCGCUCGUGUUUAGGUUUCAGUUCAUUUACAGAGUCAACAUGUUGCAGUUGCAACAAAUUUUGCUAGUUGUAAUCGGGUUGCUUUUAUAUCUGUUGGAGGCGGAGACGACAACAACGAUCAGAUGGCACAGUGCUGGUGCCCCAAUUGAUAGUCCUGCCGCCUGGCUAAAUGAUUAUUUGCCCUGUGCACACGAUUUGAUUGUGUUUCCCAAAUAUUAUCCGGCCGUGUUGCCAUUGCCACCACAGCUAUCCAUCGGUGGUUUUGUGCUGCCACGUGAAGGUGGCAUACUCCUGGCCGAGGAUGCAACUAUAGAGUUGAGAGCAGGCGUGGGACUUAAUCCGGAUUGUGGCAACGAUAAAGGACGUGCUUAUCUAAAGCCGCCCAAGACGAGCAAAUGGUUUGAUCCUGGCAGCUGGAGCAUGCAGCCCGACAGCAGCUCCAGCGGCAGCUCCUCGCUGAUGCCGGAGCUGGAACGUGUGCCCUGCGAUGAUGAGCAUGUGGUCAUCCCGAGCAAUCGUGGCGCACUCGCCUUCGAUUUGGAAAAUGUACAAUUUUUGCGCUUGGGUCAGCUAAUCUUGGCCGGCUCCUCCAUUUCCAGGAGAUAUUUACAGGAACUGUUGGGCAGAGAUCUGGGACAGCUGUUGUUUCACAAUGCGGAGGCUGUCUUCGUGGAGUACUAUCGUGGUGAGCUGUGUGGCUGUCACAAGGAUUUCGAGAAACUCAUCGAACCCGUCUGCCACAAUGUGGAGCAGCAAUGUCCGGUGCCACAUUGUGUGGCACCACUGCGUCCCUUUGGCUCCUGUUGCCUGGUCUGUGGUGCCACUUUGACCAUACCCAGUGAACACUGCAUGGAGGAGGAUAGGAAAUCACUGACUAGCUUUAUUAGCAAGACAAUUGCUGCGGAGGAUUUGGCGGAUGAGUUGCAGUUCCAUGUGAAUUAUGUGGGUUCCUCAUCGCAGUAUGGCAAUCACUUACAGGCCAUCAUCUUGGAGCGGGGCAGCUACUCGGAACGAAGUGUCAAGUUCAUGGAACAUUUGUCUGCGUUGCGCAAUCAGAGUAACUUGCUGAAGCAGCAAAGUCAACAGUUGAUGUUGCACUACGCUGGUCAUCCCUAUAAUCCCAAUGUGAGCUUUGGCUCAGUGCUGCUCAUCCUCUUCUGUUUGGUGCUGGUGGGUUUUGUGGCACUGAUUAUGUUGGCACAUUUCUUGCCCCAGCAUCCGUAUCUGAAUCGCCUACCGCAGUGGUUGCAUGAUCCGCGCAGAUGGCGUUGGCCUCACUUGGAUCUGCGUCGUUUGCGUCGCAAUUUGCUCUUCAAUCGUUUCGAUAAUGCAGCUCAAGCGGAGCGAGGCAGAACAGGCUCGGCUGGCAGUGGAGUGGAGGAUUUGGCUGUCAUUGGCUAUGAUGCGCAGAGCGGUGUGGUGCGGGAACGUGCCUUCAAUAAUCCCAUGUUUGAGCAGGAGCAGGAACAGGAGCAGGCAGCGGCGGCUUCGUUGGCACCAUCAACUGUGGCACAGCCACAAAUCCAAUCACAUCCAAUCAAAAUGGAGACGGGUGAUUUGGAUUUGAUCGACAGCGUUGAGGGACACGAGUUGACCGAAAUCAAUUUGGACUCCUCGGAGGCUGAAAGCGAGAUAGAGGAGGAAACCAAGAAAUAAAUUAUAUAUAUUUUAUGUGAAGAUUUAUUAAAGUUGUAAUUACUAAACAGGAAGUAAAAUAAACAAAAUCUAGAUACAUAAA